AUGUCGCAAACCCUCGGCCUGAGCCGACUCGCAUACUCUCGGGUCUGGCACCAAGUCUCGGCCUCCUUACCACACCAUUCCCUCUCCACCCAGAGCAGCGUCACACCCCCAUCCUUGGGUCGGCUUGCCUCUCGGAUCGCCAUCUUGCUCAUGGGCAAGCACAAACCGAUCUUUGACCCCUCUACAGACUGCGGCGAUUACGUCGUCGUGACGAAUUGCGCUGCUCUUCACACGACGGGUAACAAGAAAUGGCGAAAGAUGUACUACAGACACACAACACGGCCCGGUAGCCUCAAGGCGCUCACAAUGGACGCACUAAUAGAGAAGCAAGGAGGAAGCGAAAUUCUGCGCAAAGCUGUUUCCGGCAUGCUGCCGAAGAACAGACUGCGGGACAAGCGGCUGGCGCGUUUAAAAGCGUUUGAGGGCGACUCGCACCCGUACAAGCAAAAUCUGAUUCGAUUUGGUGGCGUAGCUGUAGGAAUCGAUGGGUGGGAGGAGGCCGUCGAGAUGAUUCGGGAAAAGGACAAGGAGAGGAUAUGA